AUGAUAAUAAUGAUCAUUCUCAUGUUGGUGGUCAACAACAAACGAAUUAAUCUGGUAAAACUUGUUAUUUUCCACUGUGUAUUUACCUGGAGGCGGUUAACAGUUCUUUCUACCUUGUUCUUUAACUCUUUCAGGCCUUGGAUGGAUGCUAAUAAAAGUGGUAUCCCAAUGGACGAGGCUCCCAAAGAUCCUGGAGUCUUAACUACUCAUCCGUCUUAUGCGGACACUGAUUUUGAAGGUCAUAGAGCUCAUGCUAUGUAUGUUGGUUUCCAUGUUCCUGGAGGAUCAUACAGACGACGUGGGCACCAUCGAAGACAUAAACACCAUCAUCACAAGAAUAAUGGUCAUAAUGGAGGUACCAAAAAACGUGAAGAUGGAACAUUGAGUAGCGAACAAAGUGAUAUUCGUCCUGUUACACCUCCAGCUGAAAGAGUUCAAUUUAUUUUGGGUGAAGAUGAUCAAGAUGGUACACAUGAAUCUCACCCCUUAUUCAGUGAACUUGAAGAGCUCGUCAGCGAUGGCCAUGAAUCUGAAUGGCGGGAAACUGCAAGGUGGAUCAAAUUCGAGGAAGAUGUCGAGGAGGGAGGAGAUCGUUGGUCUAAGCCUCAUGUUGCCACGAUCUCUCUUCACUCUCUAUUUGAACUUCGUAGCUGUAUACUUAAUGGGACCGUUAUGUUGGACUUGGAAGGUUCCAGUUUAGAUCAGAUUGCAGAUCUGGUUCUUGAAAACAUGGUUAAUUCAGGUCAACUUUCAUUAGAAGCUAAAGAUAAAGUGAAAGAAUCAUUAUUACGUCGUCAUCGUCAUCAACAUGAGAAGAGACAUGAUAAGGAUAAAAAUCGUCUUCCUUUGAUUCGUUCACUUGCUGAUAUUGGACGAAAUUCAUCUAAAAGCAUGUUCGGUUCACACUGUAAUUUGGAUAAGAUUACUAAAGAUACUACUACCGUUGGGGGACAUCCCAAUGCUCCGGUUACCGCACCAGUAACCUCAUCAGAUUGGAAUCCUCAAUUCGGCAAACAUUUGAACGUUUCAUUGGGUCAAGGGUCAAAUCAUGAUGCUGGAGGAGGUAGUGGAGGAUCGAUACCUCUAAGUCCCAGUGCAACAUCUCUCCACCUCCAUGCCAAUAAUCAACAACUUUCGGGUGUAUCACUUACGGACCAUAAUGCCAGUUCUUCAGCUGAUCUACAACAUAAGGCAAAUCAAGCAUUCAUGAAAAAAGUUCCACCAGGAGCCGAAGCAGAUAAUAUUCUUGUUGGAGAAGUUGAAUUCCUUGAUAAGCAUAUAUCUGCUUUCGUACGAUUGUCUCAAGCCUGUCAUUUAGGAGAUCUCACUGAGGUGCCGGUGCCCACUCGCUUUUUGUUCAUUCUUUUGGGUCCUCACAGCAUUCCAGGUCGUUAUCAUGAAGUUGGACGAGCCAUGGCAACUCUUAUGUCUGAUGAAAUUUUUCAUGAUGUUGCAUAUAAAUCAAAAAGUCGACAAGAUCUUCUAGCUGGUGUUGAUGAAUUUCUGGACGCUGUUACUAUACUUCCACCCGGAGCAUGGGAUCCAAGUAUACGAAUUGAACCACCCCAGCAAAUACCCUCUCAGGAAUCUCGUAAAAAACAUGAUCCCUCUGAACCCGUUAAACUAGUUGACGAAGAGGAAGAAGAGCAAAAGGAACGAGAAGCAAGUGGAUUAAAACGAUCUGGAAGGUGGUUCGGUGGUCUCAUUAACGAUUUUAAGCGUAAAGCCCCUUGGUACUUGAGCGACUUUAAGGAUGCCUUAGCGUUGCAAUCAAUCGCUUCAGUAAUUUUUUUAUACUUUGCCUGUUUAGCUCCUAUUAUUACCUUUGGUGGUCUUCUUGGCGAUGCCACGGGAAAAAAUAUUGCUACUAUGGAAAGCUUAUUGAGUGGUGCUGUUUGCGGUAUACUCUAUGGAUUUUUUAGUGGUCAACCGUUGACCAUUCUUGGUAGUACUGGUCCCGUUUUGGUCUAUGAAACGAUCGUCUUCAAUGUUUGCCAGAAAUUUGGUCUACAGUACUUACCGAUUCGUAUGUGGAUCGGACUGUGGACUGCUUUCUAUCUGUUGGUUUUCGUGGCUGUUGAUGCUAGUGCUUUCGUUUGUUAUAUUACCCGAUUUACUGAAGAAAAUUUUGCCACCUUGAUCUCGGUUAUUUUCAUCUACAAAGCAGUUGAAAAGGUUCUUGAAAUUGGUAAAGAAUAUCCCAUUCGAACUGGAGAUGUUGCGAAUAUUAAUUUUACCUGUAAUUGUCUGGAUAAAGAUAAUAAUUCUUGGAAUAUUCAAAAGUAUGCUUACAAUUCAACUGGAAUCAAAUAUUGCAUCGAAAAUAGUGGUGCCCUUAUGGGCCCUGGUUGUAACGAAAAAAAUGUGCCUGAUGUCUUCCUUUUUUCCGUCUUACUUUUUAUCUUUACUUUUACCAUCUCGGUAUCUCUUAAAGAAUUUAAAUUUACUCCUUUCUUCCCUAGUAAAGUCCGACAAUUUGUCAGUGAUUUCUCAGUAGUGAUAGCUAUAUUUGUUAUGACUUUGAUAGACUAUAAAGUUGGCCUGUCAACACCCAAAUUAGUUGUACCAGAUAAGUUCAAGCCCACCUCUGAUGAGCGUGGUGGUUGGAUGAUCCCUAUAAUUGGUAAUAAUCCUUGGUGGAUGCCGAUAGCCUGUCCGUUCCCAGCUCUUUUAGCUGUUAUAUUGAUUUUUAUGGAUCAACAAAUUACCGCUGUCAUCGUUAAUCGUAAAGAGAAUAAGCUUAAAAAAGGAUGUGGUUACCAUCUUGAUUUGUUCGUACUUUCAAUUCUCAUUGCAAUAUGUUCAAUCUUUGGGUUACCUUGGUUUGUUGCAGCUACAGUUCUGUCCAUGACUCAUGUUAAUUCAUUGAAAAUGGAAUCUGAAUCUGCUGCACCAGGAGAGAAGCCACAAUUUCUUGGUGUUAGGGAACAACGAGUUACCCAUAUUUGUAUCUUCAUUCUUUGUGGUCUUUCCGUUUUCAUGACCUCAGUUCUGAGAAACAUCCCAAUGCCAGUUCUUUAUGGAGUCUUUCUUUAUAUGGGUACAUCUUCACUCAAGGGUUCACAGUUUUUCGAAAGAAUAUUGAUUCUAUUGAUGCCUCAAAAAUAUCAGCCUGAUUACGUUUUCUUACGACAUGUUCCAACACCUAAAGUCCAUCUUUUUACCGCAAUUCAAGUAUCUUGCUUUGCGAUUCUGUGGUUAAUCAAAUCUUACAGUAAAACUUCAAUCUUAUUCCCAUUGAUGCUUGUUGUUAUCAUUGGUGUUCGUGCUUGUUUGGACUUUUUCUUUACUCAAAGGGAAUUGAAAUUACUUGAUGAUGUUAUGCCUGAUUCGGCUCGUAAGAAAGCGGAAGAGGAAAAGGAAGAUGACGAUUCAAAGGGAGAAGAAGAUGAUAAUCAAAUGAUACCCAAUUCAAGUUUGGGUAAUGUUGCUAUUCCUUUGGCUAAUGGCAAUAUACUCAAGAUACCGGUCAAUAAAUUCAACGCGGAACCCGAUCAGUGUCAUAUUAAUAUUACCGAGCAACUUGCCAAAAGUGGUACCUGGAAAAGUAUUGAUCAAAGUCAAAAAUCUAAGACAAAUAAAGAAAACAAAGCAGCAUUAAAAGAAAGUAAAGAGAAGGAUAAAUCUACUGGCGAUAUCGCCGUUUGAUUGUGAUGUUACUUUUCACAAUCUAUUUAAUUGACUCUUUGGAUUGAAGAUUAGUAUUUGCAAGGAAAUACUUUGUUAAUUGUUGCACGAAUCAAAAAAUCAAGGAAAUCAAUCUAGAGACUCUCACAAUUAAAUGACUUGGUUUUAAAUUGAAAACAAAUCAUCAGCAAAUUGUGCAUCCAAUUAGACCAAACCAUCAAUCACAAUUUUAGACAAUGAAAUACACUUUUAAAUAUCCCUUUAAACUAAGUUAAUUAAGUUAAUUGUUAAUUCCCGUCUUUAAUUGUCCCUGAUUAGCUUUUAAUUAUUGCGCAAAAAAAUCAACAAAGAUUAACUUUAAUUGUUUUGAUUUCUUUUUUUUGUUAUGUUUUUGAAUCAAAAAAACAAAAUCACCAAAUUGUUUUGCUAAUUGUAACUAAUUUUUUUUGUUUCUCUUUUUGCCUUUAAUUUUAUUCAUUAAUUAAUUAUCAUUAUUACUCUUAUUAUUAUUAAUUAUCAUGACACAAUUAUGAUUAAUUUAAAUUCUCUCUGACAACAAAGUAACAAUUGAAUCUCUCUCAUUACUUUCAUGUUAAUUAUCAAAAAUCAAAGACAGAAACAAUUUCUGAUCAAUCAAUACCAAUUGUAUUAAUUAUCAAAGAAAUGAAAUAAUCAAAAGAAAAGAAAACCAAAUCAAUGUUUUGUUAAUUAAAUUUUUCCAAAUUAUUCUGUUCAUUUAAAUUAACCAAUUAUUAACUUUUACAAGUUGAGACAAUUAACUGAUUAUUACAUUUGCAUGAUGAUAAUGAUUUGUUUCACUUUGUAUCAUUUAAUCAUCGUGUUAAUCAACUAACUCACAAUCCUAUUCUAAUUCAAUUCCCAAACAAUUUAACCAUAGUUAACACGCUUAAAUUGCUGCUUGAAAAGCUUGAGCAAUCAAUAAAUUACCGGAAGUUGAUAGUAAAUCAAUUUAACAUUAUCCUUGUUAUAAUAAUCUGAUGAUUGAAACAAGAUUAGUAAUUAAAUUAUCUUUGCUUACCUUUUACCUCAUUCAUGGGAGUUUGAAUUAUAAGUUAAUAUCUUUGAGACAAUCAAUUUAUUGAUUAAUUGAUCAACUUUUCCUUUGUUUUCAUUGAAACCAUAAUUUACUAUUUACUACUAUGUUAUUAAACUAAUUGCUAAUCCAUCAAUGAACGUAACAAUUUAAAGUAUUGUUUAUAUUUAGUUCACAUUUGAUCAUUGAUUAUAUUUUCAUCUUUGACAAUCAAUUUGUGUUACCAUUUAACUGGAUUAUUUGAUUUAGUCAUUUAGGUUGACAAUUUAAUACUAAUUAGCUAAGUGUUUAUUAGUUUAGGUUAAUGGGUAAUGUUGAUUGCGAAGAUGAAGAUUUAAUUGUAAGAGCUAAUUGUCUACCUGCUUUUUGACAUCAUUUCUCAUAAUUGUCUUUCUUUUUCUGCUUUUCUCUCUCUCUCUUUUCUCCGCCAUUUUUGCUUAAUUGCGUCCACCACCUCGCCCACGAAUAUCUACUUCCUUUUCCUGUUUUUUUUUCUCUUGGAACUUUUUUUUUCUCUUCUCUUAUGUUAUUCUCUUACAGGAAAAAGAAGCGAGGAAAUAAGAAAGAUGCCAAAACUGAGGAAGAAAAGAAAAGGCUCUCCACCAUGACAGAGGAAGA